AUGCAUGGAACUGUGGGGCACAUGUUUGGAGAUCUCAAGUUGGGAGAAUCAUGGGCAUAUCACCACUGGUUGGAGGACCAGGGGAACCAGGAGAAGCCUUUGAGGUGUUUGUUUGCUGCUCCCAAGGAAAUGGCCUCUGGGGAGAGAGGCUUGGGUUGCACUGAGCUUGGGAGAAGCCUCCGGCUGACUUCAGCCUUCGUCAGGAAGCAAAGAAUAGUGGGUGGAGAGAGACCCCUCAAGUGGCACAGGCCAAGAAAGAGCUUGAAACGCCAAAGGACAUUCAUAGAGAAGAAAGUAUUUCACUGCACGGGAUGUGGGAAAGCCUUCACUUACCAUUCAGACUAUAUUUUGCAUCAGAGAGUUCACACUGGAGAGAAACCCUACAAGUGUAAUGAUUGUGGGAAGACGUUUAGCAACAGCUCCUAUUUCAUCCAGCACCAUAUCAUUCACACUGGAGAGAAGCCCUAUGCAUGCAGCGAAUGUGGCAAGACCUUCACCCAGAGCUCGUCGCUCACUGAACAUCAGAGGAUUCACACUGGAGAGAAACCCUACAAAUGCAAGGAGUGUGGGAAGGCCUUCACCCAGAGCUCCUCCCUCAUCAAACACCAGCGUUGUCAUACUGGGGAGAAACCCUAUAAAUGCAACCAGUGUGGGAAGUUCUACUCACAGGUUUCCCACCUCACGCGCCACCAGAAAAUCCAUACGGGGGAGAAGCCCUACAAGUGUAGUGAGUGCGGGAAGGCCUUCUGCCACACUUCCUCCCUGACCCAACACCAGACAAUCCACACAGGGGAGAAACCAUAUAAAUGUAACGAAUGUGGAAAAACGUUCAGCCACAGUUCCUCCCUGACUCAGCACCAGCGAGUUCACACUGGAGAGAAACCUUAUGAAUGCUCCAGCUGUGGCAAAGCCUUCAGCCACAGUUCUUCGCUGACUCAGCAUCAGAGAAUUCACACUGGUGAGAAGCCCUAUGAGUGUAACGAGUGUGGGAAGGCUUACACACAGAUUUCCCACCUCAUGAGGCACCAGAGUGUUCACAUGGGGGAGAAACCCUACAUAUGUAAUGAGUGUGGGAAGGCAUUUAGUCACACCUCAUCUUUUACACAACACCAAACAAUUCACACUGGUGAGAAGCCCUACAAGUGCAAUGAAUGUGGGAAAACCUUCAGCCAGAACUCUUACCUCAUUCAGCACCAGAGGGUUCACACUGGAGAGAAGCCAUACGAAUGUGGGGAGUGUGGGAAAGCCUUCAGCCGGAGCACCCACCUGAUUGAGCAUCAGAAAAUCCACACAGGUGAGAAACCCUAUAAGUGUAAGGAGUGUGGGAAGACAUUCAGUCACAACUCAUCCCUCACUCAACAUCAGAGGAUUCACACUGGUGAGAAACCCUAUGCCUGUAAGGAAUGUGGGAAAGCCUUCAAUCAGAGUAUCCACCUUAUUCAGCAUCAAAGAAUUCAUACUGGAGAGAAACCCUACAAGUGCAAUGACUGUGGGAAAACCUACACACAGAUUUCACACCUCAUUCAGCAUCAGAAGGUUCACACUG